GGGGGUGGGGGGGGGCGGCCCGAGUUCAGUUGAGGCCGAGCGUCGGUGAAGGGGUUCGUUCAGGCCAUUUGUGGAAAUACAAUUUUCCCCCCAGUGACUUCUUUUUUUUUAACUGCUUUCGACCUCUCGAAGCUCAAGAGGGGAGGAGGGGGGAGUCGGACGUUUUUCAAGCUUUGAGAAUAAAAAGGCCUGACCAUGGCAGACGUGGACCCCGAUACGCUGUUGGAGUGGCUGCAGAUGGGACAAGGGGACGAAAGGGACAUGCAGUUAAUUGCACUGGAACAGCUGUGCAUGUUGCUUUUGAUGUCUGAUAACGUGGACCGUUGUUUUGAAACGUGCCCUCCACGUACCUUUCUGCCAGCUCUAUGCAAAAUUUUUCUGGAUGAAAGUGCUCCUGACAACGUGUUGGAAGUUACAGCACGUGCAAUAACAUACUACCUGGAUGUGUCAGCUGAGUGUACACGGAGGAUUGUGGGAGUGGAUGGAGCCAUUAAAGCACUUUGUAACCGGUUGGUCGUAGUCGAACUCAACAAUAGGACCAGCAGGGACUUGGCUGAACAGUGUGUGAAGGUUCUGGAACUUAUCUGUACUCGAGAAUCAGGAGCGGUGUUUGAGGCAGGAGGUUUAAACUGCGUGCUAACCUUUAUACGUGAUAGUGGUCAUCUUGUUCACAAAGACACACUGCAUUCUGCAAUGUCCGUUGUCUCCAGACUUUGUGGGAAAAUGGAACCUCAGGAUUCAUCACUUGAAACUUGUGUGGAAUCUCUUUCUAGUUUAUUGAAACACGAAGAUCCACAGGUGUCCGAUGGGGCUCUGCGUUGUUUUGCCUCUCUGGCAGACAGAUUCACUCGCCGUGGGGUUGAUCCUGCUCCUUUAGCAAAGCACGGCUUGACUGAAGAACUGCUUUCUCGCAUGGCAGCAGCUGGGGGGUUGGUUUCAGGCGGGUCAUCGUCAGCUUGCAAACCAGGCCGGACAUCCACGGGAGCAGGUCCCAAUGCAGCGGACUCUAAACUGAGCAACCAAGUAUCAACAAUUGUCAGCCUGCUUUCAACACUUUGCAGAGGCUCUCCUGUUGUUACACAUGAUUUGUUAAGAUCAGAACUGCCAGACUCGAUUGAGAGUGCACUCCAAGGUGAUGAAAGGUGUGUACUAGAUACAAUGCGGUUGGUGGAUCUACUUCUGGUGCUACUUUUUGAGGGUCGAAAAGCUUUGCCAAAGUCCAGUGCUGGUUCUACAGGGAGGAUUCCUGGUUUGCGGAGACUGGAUAGUUCUGGGGAGCGUUCCCAUCGCCAGCUUAUUGAUUGUAUCCGUAGUAAAGACACAGAUGCAUUAAUAGAUGCUAUUGAUACUGGAGCCUUUGAAGUAAACUUUAUGGAUGAUGUGGGCCAAACUCUCUUAAACUGGGCUUCAGCCUUUGGAACUCAGGAAAUGGUGGAAUUUCUAUGCGAGAGGGGUGCUGAUGUUAACAGGGGUCAGAGGUCCUCAUCCUUGCACUAUGCAGCUUGUUUUGGAAGGCCACAGGUUGCGAAGACACUAUUGAGGCAUGGAGCAAACCCAGAUCUUCGAGAUGAAGAUGGUAAAACUCCUCUGGAUAAAGCUCGUGAGAGAGGUCACAGUGAGGUGGUGGCUAUUUUGCAAUCUCCAGGAGACUGGAUGUGUCCUGUAAAUAAAGGAGAAGACAAGAAAAAGAAAGAUGCCAACAGAGAAGAUGAAGAUGGUAGUGAACCAAAGGGAGACCCUGAAAUGGCACCAUUAUAUUUGAAGAGGUUAUUACCAGUCUUUGCACAGACAUUUCAGCAAACAAUGCUGCCAUCUAUCAGAAAAGCUAGCCUUGCUCUUGUUAGAAAGAUGGUACAUUAUUGUUCUGAAGCACUUCUGAAAGAAGUCUGUGAUUCAGACGCUGGCCAUAACCUGCCCACAGUGCUGGUGGAAAUUACAGCUACAGUCCUGGAUCAAGAGGAUGAUGAUGAUGGCCAUUUACUAGCUUUGCAGAUCAUAAGGGAUUUGGUGGACAAAGGAGGGGACCUCUUCUUGGACCAGCUUGCAAGGCUCGGCGUAAUCAACAAAGUGUCCACCUUAGCAGGACCCUCUUCAGAUGAUGAAAAUGAAGAGGAUUGCAAGCCUGAUAAGGAUGAUGAGCCGCAAGAAGAUGCAAAAGAAAUUCAGCAGGGCAAGCCAUACCACUGGAGAGAUUGGUCCAUCAUCCGAGGGAGAGACUGCUUGUACAUCUGGAGUGACGCGGCUGCCUUGGAGUUGUCCAAUGGCAGUAACGGAUGGUUCCGAUUCAUCUUAGAUGGGAAGUUAGCAACAAUGUAUUCAAGUGGAAGUCCAGAAGGUGGUUCUGACAGCUCAGAAAGCAGAAGUGAAUUCCUGGAAAAGUUGCAGAGGGCUCGCAGUCAAGUUAAACCAGCUACCACCAGCCAGCCCAUUCUGUCCACACCUGGGCCGACAAAGCUUACUGUAGGCAACUGGUCUCUUACCUGUUUGAAAGAAGGGGAAAUUGCAAUACACAACUCUGAUGGUCAGCAGGCUACUAUAUUAAAGGAGGAUCUUCCUGGAUUUGUGUUCGAAUCCAACAGAGGAACCAAGCAUUCAUUUACUGCAGAAACCUCCCUUGGAUCAGAAUUUGUGGCUGGCUGGACUGGCAAAAGAGGAAGAAAGCUGAAAUCAAAGCUAGAGAAAACCAAACAAAAGGUGCGAACCAUGGCAAGAGACUUGUAUGAUGAUCACUUCAAAGCUGUGGAAAGUAUGCCUCGAGGAGUGGUUGUCACACUGCGGAACAUAGCUACGCAGCUAGAGUCAGCUUGGGAACUUCAUGCUAACAGACAGGGCAUGGAAGGGGAAGCCACAUGGCGCGACUUAAUGAAAACUGCAUUGGAAAACUUAAUUGUUCUACUCAAGGAUGAGACAACAAUCUCUCCCUAUGAGAUGUGCAGUAGCGGGCUGGUGCAAGCACUUCUGACUGUUCUCAACAAUAAUGUGGACUUGGAUGUGAAACAAGAUUGUAGCCAACUGAUAGAGCGGAUAAAUGUCUUUAAAACUGCAUUCAGUGAAAAUGAAGAUGAAGAAAGUCGACCGGCAGUUGCUCUGGUUCGUAAGCUGAUCGCGGUGUUAGAAUCUAUUGAAAGGCUGCCUCUUCACCUGUAUGAUACACCUGGCUCAUCAUACAACUUACAGAUCCUCACAAGAAGGCUAAGGUUUCGAUUGGAACGAGCCCCCGGAGAGACUUCCUUAAUAGAUAGAACAGGCCGAAUGCUCAAAAUGGAACCGUUAGCUACUGUAGAAUCCUUAGAGCAGUAUCUUCUUAAAAUGGUGGCAAAGCAAUGGUAUGACUUUGACCGAUCAACCUUUGUAUUUGUGCGUAAACUACGCGAAGGGCAAACAUUCACCUUCCGACACCAACAUAAUUUUGAUGAAAAUGGUAUAAUCUACUGGACUGGAACCAAUGCAAAAACUGCCUAUGAGUGGGUAAACCCUGCAGCCUAUGGCUUGGUGGUUGUGACUUCUUCAGAGGGAAGAAAUUUACCAUAUGGCCGGUUGGAAGACAUUUUGAGUCGUGACAGCUCGGCUCUCAACUGUCACACUAAUGAUGAUAAGAAUGCUUGGUUUGCUAUUGAUCUUGGGCUCUGGGUGAUCCCAUCAGCUUAUACUUUACGACACGCACGUGGUUAUGGUAGGUCUGCCCUUAGGAACUGGGUUUUUCAAGUUUCCAAAGAUGGGCAGAACUGGACAACCUUGUACACUCAUGUGGAUGACUGCAGCUUGAAUGAACCAGGGUCCACAGCAACAUGGCCUCUGGACCCUCAAAAGGAUGAGAAGCAGGGAUGGAGACACAUAAGAAUUAAACAGAUGGGUAAAAAUGCCAGUGGACAAACACACUAUCUCUCCCUCUCUGGCUUUGAGCUAUAUGGGACAGUCUCUGGUGUAUGCGAAGACCAAUUGGGAAAGGCAGCAAAAGAGGCAGAAGCCAACUUGAGGAAGCAAAGGCGCCUGGUGCGCUCUCAGGUUCUAAAGUACAUGGUGCCAGGUGCACGUGUGGUUCGAGGCAUUGAUUGGAAAUGGAGAGACCAGGACGGAAAUCCACCAGGCGAGGGAACAAUCACAGGAGAGCUGCAUAAUGGCUGGAUUGAUGUCACCUGGGAUGCUGGUGGCUCUAACUCUUACCGUAUGGGCGCAGAAGGAAAGUUUGACCUCAAGCUUGCGCCAGGGUACGACCCUGAUUCAGCGCCGUCACCCAAACCUGUUUCAUCCACUGUUUCAGGCACAGCGCAGGCAUGGAGCAGCUUGGUGAAAAACAACUGUCCAGACAAGAUGGCUGCUGCCCCGGGCUCCUCCAGCCGAAAAGGAAGCAGCAGCUCGGUGUGUAGCGUGGCUAGUAGCAGCGAUAUAAGCUUGAGUUCAUCUAAAAUGGAACGCAGAUCUGAGAGUGUAAUGGAACAGACAGCUGCUGAACCUAUUGUUGUCCUCUCUGCCACUGAUAUUUUGCCCCAUGCCGAAGUAGGGUCUGCUUCAAGCGCCAGCACGAGCACCUUGACUGCGGACACAGCGAGUGAAAAUAUAGACCGGAAGUCUGUUCCCGAGGCUUCGAUGCGGAAUUCCGGAGAAUCUGGGGCAAUAUCGAUGGGUAUUGUCAGUGUGAGCUCCCCUGAUGUGAGCUCCGUCGCUGAAUCGUCAAAUAAGGAGGCGGCUUCACAGCGUCCACUUAGUUCUUCGGCAAGUAACAGACUCUCUGUCAGUUCGCUGCUCGCAGCUGGGGCUCCUAUGAGCUCAAGUGCUAGUGUACCAAACCUCUCCUCGCGGGAAGCAUCCAGCCUCAUGGAAUCCUUUGUGAGGCGAGUUGCAAAUAUAGCCCGCACCAACGCCACCAAUAACAUGAACCUGAGCCGCAGUAGCAGCGAUAACAACACUAAUACUCUGGGACGAAAUGUAAUGAGUGCAACUUCUCCUCUCAUGGGUGCUCAGAGUUUUCCGAACCUUACAACGACUGGUACUACAUCAACUGUUACUAUGUCGACUUCCAGCGUCACCAGCAGCAAUAACGUAGCCACAGCAACCACAGGUUUAACAGUAGGCCAGUCGCUCAGUAACACUCUGACAACCAGCCUGACAUCCACGUCUAGUGAGAGUGACACGGGUCAGGAAGCAGAAUUUUCCUUAUAUGACUUUUUGGAUAGCUGCCGCGCAAGUACUUUGUUGGCAGAGCUGGAGGAUGAUGAGGAUUUACCUGAACCAGAUGAAGAAGAUGAUGAAAAUGAAGAUGACAAUCAAGAAGAUCAAGAAUAUGAGGAAGUUUUGGAGGAAGAGGAGUAUGAAACGAAAGGAGGCCGUCGUCGAACAUGGGAUGAUGAUUUUGUCCUAAAGCGACAGUUCUCUGCUUUAGUUCCUGCUUUUGAUCCACGCCCUGGUCGUACAAAUGUUCAGCAGACAACAGAUUUGGAAAUCCCCCCCCCAGGGACACCUCAAUCAGAGCUGCUAGAGGAAGUGGAGUGUGCUCCUUCACCACAUUUGGCACUGAUUCUCAAGGUAGCAGGUCUGGGAACGUCCCGGGAGGUGGAACUACCACUUUCAAACUACAGAGCAACCAUCUUCUGCUAUGUGCAAAAACUGCUGCAGCUUUCCUGCAAUGGAAGCGUGAAAUCUGAUAAACUUCGGCGUAUUUGGGAGCCAACAUACACGAUUAUGUACAGGGAAAUGAAAGAUUCAGAUAAAGAAAAAGGAGAAAAUGGAAAGGUGGGUUGCUGGUCUGUAGAGCAUGUGGAACAAUACCUUGGCACUGAUGAAUUACCAAAGAAUGACUUGAUAACCUACCUGCAGAAGAAUGCAGAUUCAGCUUUCCUACGGCACUGGAAAUUAACCGGCACUAAUAAAAGUAUUAGGAAAAACAGAAAUUGUUCUCAGCUCAUAGCUGCAUACAAGGAAUUUUGUGAGCACGGAUCAAAAUCAUCAGGACUGAGCCAUGGGUCUAUUUCAUCGUUACAUAGUUGUGAAAUUGUCAGUGGAACACGAGAACAGCCACAAGCCAAGGCUGGGAGUGGACAGAAUGCCUGCAGUGUGGAGGAUCUUCUUCAGUUACUUCGCAUUCUUUAUAUUAUUGCUAGUGAUCCAUACUCUACAUGGAGAGGUCAAGAAGAAGGGGAUGAUCAACUUCAGUUCAAUGUUUCUCCGGAAGAAUUCACAAGCAAAAAGGUCACAACAAAAAUAUUGCAGCAAAUUGAGGAGCCAUUGGCCUUGGCUAGCAGUGCAUUACCAGAUUGGUGUGAGCAACUGACAAGCAAGUGCCCAUUUUUGAUUCCUUUUGAAACCAGACAAUUGUACUUCACGUGUACAGCGUUUGGAGCAUCAAGAGCAAUAGUUUGGCUGCAAAAUAGACGAGAAGCCACCAUGGAACGUACCCGAACAACCACAACAGUGAGACGAGAUGACCCUGGAGAAUUUCGUGUAGGGAGACUAAAGCACGAACGGGUCAAGGUUCCUCGUGGGGAUAUGUUGAUGGAAUGGGCAGAGAAUGUCAUGCAGAUUCACGCUGACAGGAAGUCUGUUCUUGAGGUUGAAUUUUUAGGUGAGGAGGGAACUGGUCUUGGUCCUACUUUAGAAUUCUACGCGCUUGUGGCGGCAGAGUUUCAAAAGAAAGAACUUGGGGUUUGGCUCUGUGAUGAUGACUUUCCUGAUGAUGAGUCUCGACAGGUUGAUUUGGGAGGUGGACUUAAACCACCUGGAUAUUAUGUGCAACGAUCUUGCGGACUUUUCUCUGCAGCAUUCCCACAGGACAGUGAGGAAAUGGACAGAUUAACCAAACUCUUCCAUUUCCUGGGAAUUUUCUUGGCCAAGUGUAUUCAAGACAACAGACUGGUGGAUAUUCCUAUUUCUAAACCUUUCUUCAAACUAAUGUGCAUGGGAGACAUCAAAAGCAAUAUGAGCAAACUAUUAUAUGAAUAUGGAACUCGGAUAGAAGGAGACCUACAUUACACUGAAAGUCAAUCUGAAGCUUCAACAGAAGAAGGUCAUGAUUCCAUAUCUGUUGGAAGCUUUGAUGAAGACUCAAAAUCCGAGUUUAUUCUUGAUCCUCCUAAACCAAAACCCCCUGGUUGGUUCCAUGGAAUCUUGACUUGGGACGAUUUUGAGUUGGUAAAUCCACAUCGAGCGAGGUUUCUGAAGGAAAUAAAGGAACUGGCAGUAAAGAGACGUCAAAUCCUAAGCAACAAAACUCUUUCAGAAGAUGAGAAGAACACACAACUGCAGGAGUUGAUGCUGAAGAACCGAUCAGGAUCAGGGCCACCACUUGGGAUAGAGGAUUUGGGGUUGAAUUUCCAGUUCUGUCCUUCUUCCAAAGUACAUGGAUUCACAGCUGUUGACCUGAAACCUAAUGGUGAUGAUGAGAUGGUAACGAUUGACAAUGCGGAAGAAUAUGUAGACCUGAUGUUUGAUUUCUGCAUGCACACCGGAAUACAGAAACAGAUGGACGCUUUCAGAGAUGGAUUUAACCGUGUCUUUCCUAUGGAGAAACUGAGCUCCUUCAGCCAUGAGGAAGUCCAAAUGAUACUUUGUGGGAACCAGUCACCAUCUUGGACUGCAGAAGAUAUCAUCAGCUACACUGAACCCAAAUUGGGUUAUACUCGUGACAGUCCGGGAUUCAUUCGAUUUGUGAGAGUUCUAUGUGGCAUGUCAUCGGAUGAGAGGAAGGCAUUCCUGCAGUUUACCACUGGAUGUUCUACCCUCCCACCAGGUGGUUUAGCCAACCUUCACCCAAGGCUCACAAUUGUCCGCAAGGUUGAUGCAACAGAUGCAAGUUACCCAUCAGUAAAUACAUGUGUCCACUAUCUUAAGUUGCCCGAGUAUUCCUCUGAGGAAAUCAUGAGAGAACGAUUACUAGCUGCAACAAUGGAGAAGGGCUUUCAUCUUAAUUGAACGGUCUGGAUGUUGAUGGAUAGUGGACACUGAAUUUGAAACUAGAAAACCUCUUUAUUUGUGUGGAAAAAUAUUGAUCUCCAACUGUGCUCUGGUACAGUUUGCCUUUUUGAGGCUUUAGAGAAAAAGAAACAUAACAAAUAACUGUUAGCUGCUAAUGUUUUGGCAGGAACAAAUGCCUUCUGUUAAUAAUUACAAAGCCAGCAAAUAACGGCACAGAGCACUGUGUGCUGCUUCAAGGGCUUACGAGACUGGAAGCUGGGACAGACCUCUGGAUGUUCCAAGGGCAGUUUUUGUUGUGGUUUCAGUGUUUACUGUUUAAUUUCUGACAGUGCAUUGUGUCAUAUUUAAUUUUAUUAUGCACACAGCAGUUGGUACUUUUAGUUCACUACAAAUGCCAUUUUCCAGCCCCUCCCUUUGCUAGCCUUAUGCUAUCUGGUCAAGAGCCUGCUUCUGUAGAAUUGUAAUGUAGAGAGCAAAUGGGCAUUUCUCCCAACAGCAUUUCCCAUUUACUAGUUCCUGCACUGUUUAUUGGAGUAUUAAAAGUUUUCCUUGCUCUUAAGUUUUAUUAUACAAUCAUGAAUAAGCUUUUCCCCCUAUUUUCUCCUCCCUGUUACAGUGAGUAUGUUUUGAUUCUUUAAUGCCCUGCUGUGAAGAUCAAAUCCUUGAGUGCAUUUUGUGCAAUUUUACAGUAAAGCUAGAAACGCUGGUUCUAGGUGCAAUGCACACUUGAAAGCAAGCUAAGCUUUUCCCUGUAUUUCUUUGUAUAUUAUAAACAUUUAUUUAACUCAAGUUGCAGUUUGAAGUCAUACAAAAUAUUUUCAAAUGUGUAUGCUCAAAAUAAUCAUUAAAAUGUUUGCAAAGUAA